UCUAUAGUAUAAUAGAUAACGGUUUACAGUUAUCCUUGCGAGCAAAUGCUUAAGAUUGCCAAUCCGGAGAAGGAAAGUUUGAUUUUCAGUCCGGUUUAGGAUGACUUCCAAUAAGAAGAAGAAGAAGGAUGACAUCGGGUGGGAUACAUUUUCGACUCCCUGGACAUAGUGUAUCCAUUGUACUUUGCCACAUAAAAUACAUACUCAUGCAAUGGCGGUUUGGUGCCAGUUCGCCAAAAAUGCCACAACGUUUCAAAUUUUCUGAAUCUGGUCGUCUUUUCCUUUUCUUUUACACUUCUAACACCCUGAAAUCCAAGUAACCCUACUGAUAGUAUAAUCACAAAUAGACUGUCAUUUACAAAAUUUGUUUUUUUUGUGUGCCAAUAUGACCAAUACAAUGGAGGAGUUAUUGAAGGAUUUAAACUAUGAUUUCAACUAUUUAUUGUACGAAGUUCGUAGAGCUAUGAGAAAUCUCAAUUUUGAAAAUCGACGCACAGUGGAAGCUUGGAUACAUAAACUGUCUACAGCUAACCAAUCUUUGGAGGAGGUCCGCUUGAGAAAUGAUUUUUUGUUCUAUCUGGGAAGGAAUUGCGAGGAAGGAACUCUUCUGCCUCCGUUCGACCAAACACCACCUCCUGGAUAUGUUUUGAAUUCUACUCAUUUAAUGCCAAGUUUAGGUACGGAAAUGACGGCUUCCGCCAGUAGCAGACCUAUAUACGAGACCUACUCGGGACCCUCAACCUCGGCUCAGCAGUUACAAAAUGCGGAACUACUCAAACGGUCACCGGACGGCGGUUCAUUUUUGGUAUCGCAACCAGUGCCCCGAUGUGGGGCAUUUUGCUACAUUGCCGUUGUCAGUAAACAACCGAAAUAGUAC